ACAGUUUAUGCAGAGGAAAGAAGGAAAUUGACCUUUUAUUUCCUGCCUUUCGAUUGAUUUACACUCCAGUCCAGUAGGUGGCGGUCAUUCGCGGAAACGCUGGUUGCCAACUGUCAAUCAAAUCAAAUAGGAACAAAGACGACGAAGAAGAGUCCUUUCUGUUCAAAGUGAUGAGAACGACAUUUGGCCAUUCUGGGAAGGCCGUUUAAAAGUGCACCAUGCCGAAUUUCCGUACAACUUCGCAAAACCCGGCCAAGAGCCGGAAAAAACAACAGUCUUCUACCACCGGUUGCUUCAAAGACAUUCACAUCAGUGAAGAAGUCAAAAUUGCUAUUAACCUUUCUCUGGAGAGGUUUCGUUACAGUGACGAGAAAGAGCUGGAAUUUCCCUCUUCGCUUUUCUCUAAUGAGAGGGCCUUCAUUCACCGUAUGGCACAGGCUCUGGGUUACAUUUCUAAAAGCAAAGGGAAAGGAUCAAAUCGCUUCCUCACCAUCAGGAAAAAGAAUUGUCUAGACAAUCGUCAGUCUAACAUGCCCCUGACACUCUCCCAAACCUCUUUACAUGCCAUCCGCAGCCAUCUUCAGAAGUUUCCUAUUACCGAUAAAGAGUGUGAAGACUUUCAAGCCAGCAGCAAAAGCAAGCUGUCUGUGGCAGCACAACCUGACAACAGCGUUGACAUGAGCAGGCCAAAUGGGCGCUUGGACUGUGGCAUUACUGUGGUACCCCCGAAAAGGCGGACAUCAGAGUUUGACACGUUCCGAUGCUCGCUGCCUGUAUGUGAACAUGAAGAAGAGAUAGUCCGACUGAUUAGCGAGAACAGGGUGGUACUCAUCGUAGGAGAGACUGGUUCUGGAAAAACAACCCAGAUUCCACAGUUUCUGCUGGAUGACUGCAGCAAGAAAGGAGAGGGCUGCAAAAUGUUCUGUACUCAGCCCAGACGCCUGGCUGCCAUCACUGUCGCUGAGAGAGUGGCAGCUGAGAGGGGAGAGGCAAUCGGCAAGACUAUCGGCUAUCACAUUAGACUAGAGAGCAGGGUUUCUCCAAAGACGCUGCUAACAUUCUGUACCACUGGAGUUUUACUCAGGACAUUGAUGGUUGGAGAUGCCAGUCUGGCAUCUGUCACACAUGUCAUUGUGGAUGAAGUGCAUGAGCGUGAUGGUCUUACUGACUUUCUGCUCACGAAGAUGCUUGAUGUACUGCAGCAAUUACCUGCAAUAAAACUGAUUCUCUCCAGUGCAUCUCUGGAUGUAGAUUUGUUCCUCAAGUACUUCGACGCUUGGUCCUGUCCUGUUAUUUAUCUCAAAGGAAGACAGUUUGAAGUGAAACAAUAUUUUCUGGAGGAUGUUCUAAGAUUCACAGGUUUUAACAGUAAGGAAAUGGGAAAACGCAAGGAAGAAUCCCAGAGAAAGGAGGAGACGCAGAACUUUUUGACAAAGUGGAGUAAAAUAGGGGAGAAAACUGGUGUUGAAGAUGUACAGAUUACACACCUGGCAUCCUCUGACUUACUCAGGAGCAGCAAUUAUCUGGAUACAGGGGGCACCAUCAAGUCACUGGAUGUCAAAGGCUCAGAGCCGUUGGAACCAUGGCUACUGAAAGAGAUGGAUACCUGCAUAGCUAACAUUUUUAUCAGUGCAGACCAGGAAUAUGUUGUUCAGCUCUUCAACCUCAUUCUCUAUGAAAAUGUUAAUGUUGACUACAUGCACAGCGAGAAAGGGGUCACGCCUUUGAUGGUGACAGCAGCUCAAGGGUUCCUCACUCAGAUGGAGCAGUUGCUUAACAUGGGGGCGGACGUCAACCUGAAGGCAUCCAAUGGAUGGACUGCCUUGGACUUUGCAAAACACUUUCAGCAGGUAGAUGCUAUUGAUCUUCUUCAAUCUUCAGUUGCCUUUAAAAGGAUGGAAGACCAGAAAGAGUCCACUGUGAUUCAGUAUGCCAGCACCGAAGACCAGGACCUGCUCAAGCUGUACCACCACAACUUUGAUGAUGAGUUUGUGGACCAAGAUCUCAUCAUGAACCUGCUGCACAAGAUCUGCUCAACUACAAGUGAUGGUGCAGUGCUAAUUUUUCUUCCUGGAUAUGAUGACAUUGUGUCACUCAGGGACCGUAUCCUCUACAGUGAUGAGAGGUUUUCUGCCUUUUCCAAAAGGUACCAGGUGUUCACGCUUCAUUCGGACAUGCCAAGCAUGGAACAGAAAAAAGCCAUGAAGAAUUCGCCACUGAAUGUUAGAAAGAUUAUUCUGUCAACUAACAUUGCUGAGACAAGCAUCACCAUCAACGAUGUUGUUUUUGUGAUUGAUUCUGGAAGAGUCAAAGAGAAAUCCUUUGAUACCAUCAGUCGCAUCUCAAUGUUAAAGACGGUCUGGAUUUCAAAAGCCAGUGCUCUUCAACGAAGAGGAAGAGCGGGACGCUGCCAACCAGGGAUUUGCUUCCACCUCUUCAGUCAACUAAGGUUCAACAAUAUGCAAGAGUUCCAGGUUCCACAGCUGCUACGAAUGCCGUUGCAGGAAUUAUGUCUGCAGACCAAAUUGCUGACUCCCUCUCCAGUAUCAGAAUUCUUGUCCAAGGCUCCCCAACCUCCUACUGCACACGCUAUAAAGAGUGCAGUGCAGAUCCUUAAGACAAUAGGUGCUAUGAACCAGAAUGAAGACCUGACUGAUCUUGGCUUCCAUCUGGCUGAUCUACCUAUUGAGCCCCAUCUGGGAAAGAUGGUGCUAUGUGCUGUGGUGCUGAGAUGUCUGGACCCCGUUUUGACAAUUGCCUGUACACUAGGUUAUCGCGACCCCUUUGUUCUUCCUGCCCAGGGCUCUCAGAAGAGAGCUGCCCUUCAGUGCCGUAAACAAUUCUCAUCCAACACCUUCAGUGACCACAUGACCCUGCUGAGGGUUUUCCAGGCAUGGCAGAAGUCACGCACUGAUGGUUGGGAGAGGCCCUUCUGUGAAAAGAACUUUCUGUCCAAUGCCACCAUGGAGAUGAUUCUUGGCAUGAGAACACAGGUGCUGGGACAGCUUCGUGCAACUGGCUUUGUGAGGGUCCACGGGGAUAGUGACAUACGUAAUGUGAACAUCAACUCAGAAAACUGGGCAGUGGUGAAGGCAGCCCUGGUUGCUGGCAUGUAUCCAAAUCUGCUUCAUAUUAACCCUGAGGCAAACCGGCUCUCUAGUAAUAAGGAGAAGAAAGUCAAUUUUCAUCCUGCUUCCACAUUGAAUCUGUACCAGAACAAGGAGGAGAGUUCAUCUAAAUUAUCACAGGCUCUUCCUACAGACUGGUUGAUCUAUGAUGAGAUGAGCAGAGGCCAUGGGAUUGCCAGUGUUCGCUGUUGCACUUUGGUGACACCCAUCACUGUAGCCAUAUUUGCAGGCGGUUACAGACAGCUCAACUCUGCCCCGCAUGAAGCGUCUGUUCAAAAAGGGAGUCCAGUGGAUGACAUGAGUGACAGUGAGACAGAGGACUCCGCUGAAAUAAGAAUUGAUGAGUGGCUCAUUUUCCAGACAAACAGUGAGUCAGCAGAAUUGGUGUUUGACCUGAGGAACAAGUGGCAUAAUCUGUUCAACAAGAGAAUCUGUCUGUCCAAUACCUGGUCUCAAGAAGAUGAGGUGACCAUUCAAACCUUCAUUUCCGUGCUUACCACAGAGGAGCAUGGAGCAGGCUUGAAGCAGCCCUCAGGGAUAGGCCAGCGUCCCUGGACUUUGAUGUCAGAGAGGUUCUACCAGAACUCAAAAGGCAGCCAAAAGCUUUCCUGCAACCCCACCGAUGACAGAUGCUCCAGGACACAUGGAGUUUCAGGCCUGUAUUGGAAGAAACCACAGUGCAGUGAUAAGUCUUCGCUGAGCAAAAAACAUCUCAUGGAGCAACAAGUCUCCACAAGCAAUUCCACCUCUUCUGUGAGCUUGGACAGUCAGCCUAGCAGCCCAUUCUCUUCUUCCUCAGGAAAGCAUUGCACGAAACAAUUGUUACCCCAGCUGGCCUCUCCCUCAAUCCGUUACUUCGUCAUGAAAAGCAGCAACCUGAGGAACAUCGACAUUUCUCAGCAGAAAGGCAUCUGGUCCACCAUUCCAAGCAAUGAGACCAAACUCACCAAGGCCCUCCAGGAGAAUGAAAUCAUCCUUAUCUUUUCCGUUCAAGGUUCGGGACACUUCCAGGGAUAUGCUCGCAUGUCAUCGACCAUCAGUCAUGCGGGUUGUCAAGAUUGGGGUUUUGGGGGAUUAGGAGGAGUUUUCAGUGUGGAGUGGAUCUGCAAGGAAAAUUUACCUUUCCAGUGCACCCAACAUAUCCUCAACCCAUUGAACGACAACAAGAAGGUCCAAAUAAGCAGAGAUGGACAAGAGUUAGCUGCCCAGGCAGGCAGACUGCUGCUGGCUCUUUGGGAGAGAAACACCUGAAGUCCGAGCAAACGGGGUGUUCACACUUCAACAGCAUCAUUGGGAUUAGUUUGUCAAGUUCACAGCCACUGAUGGAUCCGUUAGGAAUAGAUUUGCUAUAAAUUUAGGUUUGUCAUAUUUGUAUGCAUUUAUCAUUACAAUAGAUGAACCCUAAUUUAAGACGACGGACAAUAGUUGUGUGAAGCAUAUGAAUGUUCACUUUUUCUGUAUCUGCUUCUGUGUUCAGAGUUGGCUUCUUACAGGUUAUCAUUACAUUUGCAUUGUAUUUAUGACAAAUUAAUGCCAAUUAAAUCUUCUUUUAUACAUUUUGAUUUUACCGUGGUGUUUUAGUAUUUCUGCUGUGCCAAUGAAAUUGUUGAAAUGUUUGCUAUUCACCUUUUAUUGACAAUAUUUUGAACCAAAGAAUGUUUUGUCCAUUUGUUAAAUACUAUAUUGAUAUGCAAUAAACUGUUGUUCGUGA